AUGGAAGGCCGGACACAAGUUCUUAAUUUGCGCCUGCGGUGGGUUCUGCUUCUCUCGAUUUUCCUGCGGUGGCAGCAAGAGAUCUCUUUCGUACGCGCUGGAGAUCCUCGAUGGGAGAAUACUGAAUCGGCUCGUCUCGUUUUCGUCAGCAACUGUCGGGAAGACUCUGUGAAACCAUGUGGGACAGUAGAAGCCGAGCUGAAAUUUCCGAAGGAGCUGGGGACGGUACUGACCGUUGGGACCCUGACUCAACGUUUUGAGCACCUUUUGAGUGUCGGACCCAACGUUACGAAUAAACCCAAGCCCAAGGGAGUCGCCGUCACGACAUGGCCAGUCCCGCCUUCACUUUUCAACCCUACUCGGUGGCUGAGCUUACGGAGGCUCUUGAAGUUGCCGUCUCCUUUCCCUGCAACUCAGACUCUAGACACGCUUCGCGGGAAAACCCUUCUCGUUCACCCGUUGGUGCACACGCUUGACGAUUACGUGACGCAUUCUCAAAUUGCAGUUGACACAUCUUUUCUGAACUUGCUGCCGAAGACGGGUUAUCCUCCGAUUCCCACGUUGUGGAUGUUUCCGUCGAGUUUCACUCCCACCACGCCGGCGCACUCCACUUCAGAGGGCGGGGAAUCUCUGAAAACUGCACGUGACGCAGAUGCUUCCUCUUCUGUCCCGUCUCUCACCGUUCUGACUCUUUUGGGAACGUCACCUUUCGUCACUUUACAGUCCAUUCUGACGUCAUACGCCUCUCAACUCAAAGUGACGACCCAGCAAUUGCCGAACAACCCUCAGGGCCCCGGAGAAGGGGAAGGAGAGAUUCGAAUUCAUACACCCACGGCGGACAAAUUAGCGCGUCUGUUUCCCUCUCUCAUGUAUUUUCCUCUCAAAUUUCUGAAUUUGGAGAACCCGGCAGCCUUUCAGAUUGAUAUAGUUCAACUGCACGCCUUUCCUACAUCUCUUUCGUCGUAUCUCUGUACAAGUGUGGAGAAGCAUCUUUUUACAGAGGCAGGGCUGAUUGAUCUGGAAAUCGCUGCCUCUCGUCAAUUUCUUGUACAAGACGGAGAGGUUUUUCAGCCCCUUCAGGCCGCCUUCGCAGCUCGACGACCUUGGGAUACAAAUGAAGAGCAAGACCCCACCGUUGUUUUAUUGCAGUGGUGGAUCAGCGAGGAUGGAAAGGAAAUCUGGACUGAGUCUCCACUUUCGUGGUCAUUCCCUGAUGUGGACAACAGUACGGUGCAAGAGAUGGCAGAUAUGGAAGAGGCAUUCAGCAUGGCCGAUGUGGUAGCGAAGCAUUCGGGGGCACAAUUCAACUCCUUACAAAGUUUUUUCAUGCGCCCCAUAAAUGUAGAGGCCUUUCGCACAUGGAAUCCCAGAGCCUUUGUGGCAUCGCCGGCGGACGCAGUCGUGCAGAAUAUCAUCACAGUUAAACCCAAACCAGACGGAUAUAUCCGUGACGCAGUCGUCCCUCAGGUGAAGUCAACGACAUUUGACUUGAUGCGGUUUUUGUUUGGAGGCAGUGCGGGAAACAACGCGGGAAUCAAACUGAACUCGACUGACAAUCGCCUCAUUCUCUCCAUUCACUACCUCUCUCCUCAAGACUAUCACCGCUUUCACUCACCCGCCGAUUGGACUAUCAGUGAAUCUAUUUACCUUCCGGGCUGCACGCCUUCGGUCAACCGUGCAACACUUUCAAGUAGAGACGGCGUUCUUCACCACUACGAGCGCACCAACCUGAUUGGCCACUGGGAUCCACUCGCGAGAGGCGAGAAGCUCUUUUUUUCAGUUGCACUCGUUGCGGCACGCUUUGUUGGGGGCCUGUCUCUUUUUUGGGAGGAGCAGCCAUUGAAGCCGAGAGGACCAAAAUGUCCAUGCAGCAAGGCAGACGUGUAUGGAAGUGAGAGCAAGGCACAUGACCUUCCUGUGUGCAUGGGACAAGAACUCGGGUCCUUCCGGCUCGGAUCUACCGUUGUCCUGGCUUACGAGGCUCCCAUGGAUUUUGAUCCGACUCUCCUAGGCGAAUGUGCACGUGCGUCGGUCCUUCAACCCGCUGUGGUUUCUCGUUCCGGUUUGCGCCGUCCUCUUUUGCCUCGAUGUGCGGCUUUCGCCACCAACUACGAGUCCCCGCUUCACUAUCUGGACGCUAUAAAAGAGAAUCUUCAGUUUGGCGAGCAGUUGAGGCACAACUUCUUGCUGCCUCCGAAGUGGCGGAAAGCAGGGCGGGCGCGCGCCGAGAAGAUUCGAGCGAUUGAAAGAGGCUUGAUCGGCCGAUUCGCUCUUUCCAAAUACCUAUUCUUGUUCGGGGAACAGAUCCUGGGUCCGAAGGCACAUUUGCUCCUUGCGCAGCCGUUUACGCUGAGCCAGGCAGGCGGGGAAGACAAACUAGGUCGUUUUCUGCCGAAGUGCUACCGAGAUAGCAACUCCAUCAACGUCGAACUAACUGGACGACUGAGCACCGUGUCCCUCAUUCUCCCUGUGAACGGAAAUGAGAAGUUGCUCUUCAAACACCCGUUCUACGGCUGCGUGGGCGAUGCAGCCUUGGGCAAAGUGUCUCGCGGUAUCGACGCAAUUUGGAGGCUGCACGGAAGCCACCUCCAGGUCGAGUUAACGCUGACGGUCGGGACUGUCAUUGGCUCGGAGCCGAGAAAGAUUUCUGUGGCAGAGAACAAAUUGGUCAUGGAAGCGGACUGCAACAAAAAUUGGUUAAAUCAUGCGCCGGGAACCACGGUAACUGCUUGCAUGCUGCAGUCCAUGAAACGCGAGGUGGAUUCAAACCCGAAACUUACGUCGCUGAAGAACCGGGACCUGUGGCAGGCAUAUAAGGGCGUGCAGUCCGUUUCGUAG